AAACAGCUUCAUCAUCAUCAUCAUCAUCAUCAUCAUCAUCAUCAUCAGCAUCAUCAUCAUCAUCAUCAUCAUCAUCAGCAUCAGCGUCACACUGAUUGUCAGUGCGAGCGGAGCCUCAGAGCUGGCGUUUCUCAAAGAGCCCAGUGAUGUCAUCGCGGCGAGGGACCGCCCCCUGAUGCUGGACUGUCAGGUGGAGGGCGAGGGCCCGAUCUCCAUCACCUGGAGGCGAAACGGUGUCCCCGUGGCAAUCGGCGUCAAGGCGACGGUGCUCGCUAACGGCACGCUGCUCAUCAAAAACUUCUCCAAGAGACGAGAAAGCAACGAGACGGACGCCGGCGAGUACGACUGCGCAGCUCAGAACCGCUACGGCAUGUUGAUCAGCCGCAAAGCCCGAGUCCAGCUCGCAUCCCCCCCUAAGUUCUUGUCUCAUCCAGAGUCUGUUGCGGUGGAUGAGGGGGGCGUGGCUAGACUCACCUGUCAGGUAAAUGGAAUCCCAGAGGCCAACAUCACCUGGCAGAAAGACCGAAGCGCCCUGAGCACCGAGGACCCCCGGUACACUCUGCUGCCUAACGGCGUGCUGCAGAUCACCGGUGUUCGAAGAACAGACAGCGGUUUGUUUCGCUGCGUCGCCUCCAACAUCGCCAACACUCGAUACAGCCACGAGGCCCAGCUGUCCGUCAAUGUUGCAGGAUCCAGGAUCUACCGAGAACCCGUCAUCCUGUCCGGUCCUCAGAACCUCACCAUCAACGUCCACCAGACCGCCAUCUUGGAGUGCAUCGCCACAGGAAACCCCCGCCCCAUCGUUUCCUGGAGUCGCCUCGACGGGCGGUCCAUCGGUGUGGAGGGGAUCCAGGUGUUGGGGACAGGUAACCUGAUGAUCUCUGACGCCACUCUGCAGCACUCAGGAGUUUAUGUUUGUUCAGCAAACAGACCAGGAAGCAGAUCCAGGAGGACGGCGCUGGGACGCCUCGUAGUACAAG